GUAGUUCAGCUGGGCUGUGCGGAUGAGGCAUGGAUGAUACCAUGUGGCAACAGACCCGACAAGGACACUCAAGCUGAUGUGGUGACACGACUGCGCAUGACCCAAGCUGCCAUAGAGGCGGUGGUCCCGGAGGAGUUUCCGAUCAAGUGCUGCGACAUUGAG